AUGCCCCGCAAGAUCACUGUUGCCGUCGCGCAAGCGAGCACUCAAUCCACCCUCGCCGCUACCUUGGAUGCCUUGCACCGGGUAACUCGCCACGCAGCGGCUCGUGGCGUCCACUUGAUUUUGUUUCCGGAGGCGUAUCUGGGCGGCUACCCGAGAACAUGCGACUUUGGCACAGCAGUCGGUUUCCGCCUACCUCACGGUCGCGACCAGUUCCUAGAGUAUUUCAACUCUGCUGUUGAUCUUGGUGAUACCCCGGCCGGCGCUGGCGAUGACUGGGUCAAUCGGAAACUACCCCUUCCACGAGGCAAGGAAUACCGCGGUGAUGGAACUCGUGAGACCCUAGAGAGAAUUUCCCGGGAGACGGGUGUGUUCAUUGCAUGUGGCGUGAUCGAAAGAGCGGCGGGCAGCCUGUACUGCUCUGCUGUCUAUGUUGACCCUCGUGAUGGCAUGCUGGGAAAGAGAAGAAAGGUUAUGCCGACUGCUUCUGAGCGUCUUAUCUGGGCUCAAGGCUCGCCUUCGACCCUCAAAGCAAUUACAACCCAGCUGAACGGCGUCAAUUUGACCAUUGGUGCCGCUAUCUGCUGGGAAAGCUUUAUGCCCAUGCUUCGUCAAAGUCUUUACGCUCAAAACGUCAAUAUCUACUUGGCACCCACGGCUGAUAGCCGCGACACUUGGCUCCCUCUCGUCCGGACUAUUGCUGGCGAAGGCCGCACAUUUGUUCUUACGGCCAACCAAUGCGUGCGGCGUCGUGAGCUUCCGGGCUGGAUCACUGGAGCCGCUUCCAAGGAAGCAGUGGAGAACGGAGACGAAUAUAUCUCGCGGGGUGGCUCAUGCAUUAUCGGUCCUUUGGGAGAGGUGCUCCGCGAGCCGAUCUGGGAGGUCUGUACUGAUGAUGCGGCGAACCCCAAUGAUCUGAACGAUCCGGCAUUCGAAGCCGCUGUCUCGAUCACAGAGAUUGAUCUAGAUGAUUGCGACAGAGGAAAAUUGGAUCUCGAUGUUACUGGGCACUAUUCGCGAAACGAUGCCUUCAAGUUGACAGUCAAUGGACUGGAUCUGAACCCUCCUCCUUUCCAAUCGCGUCCCUGUCACAACUGUGUUCAAGCCGAGGCCGCUUGUGUUGCGAGCCAAAAACCGCCUAGGGAUACUCGGGUCAAUCCAGAUUAUGCACGGGCUCUCGAGGAGCGAAUCCGUGAGCUCGAAGCCGAACGAGAAUCCAUGGGACGAGAUUCUCACCCAACAAUUGAAGGUCAUGACAUGUCCUCUGCGGAUGUUAUGGGAACAGCGUCCACGCUCGACAGACUUCAGUCACAAUCGCAGAGACAUGUACUUGUGAAACGCUCGCCUGUCACAGCAAUCCCGUUGCAAGGCGGAAGCAUUGGAGCACGAAGCACUCCGUCACUCACCAUCCUUACGCCACCUACGCAGUCCUCUCCCACAGGGCAAUUGUUGGAUGCUGGGGGGCACGCUGAGACAGGUAUCUCAUCAGCUACGCAGAAUAAGCUCAUUCAAAUCUUUCUAGAGCGCGUCAAUCCCCGAUACCCGUUCCUCCAUGAAGAGACGUUCGUUGGUUGGUAUGAUACAUGGCAAAGCUCAAAGCGGUUGGGUCAACUACUUCCAGCCGAAGAGAGGUGGAAGGAAUUUUUUGUGAAGAUGGCUUUUGCGGUAAGCCUGUUGAUCGCCCCACAGGUAUCUCCCGAGGAUAUGACAACUUCGCAGACGCUAUAUAAUUCUGCUUUGCCGUUGCUCGAUACUGUGUUCUCGUGCCUCGAUCCGGUGUUACAUGUGCAGGCUUACCUGCUUUGCACAUUGCAUGCUCUCCAUUCGCCAUCGUCACAGACGGUUCUCACGAUGAUCUCUGCUGCCAUGCGUUGUUGUGUCAUUGCACAGUUGCAUUUAGUUCCACCAAUAAGCAAUGUUUUGGACGCCUCCACUUUGCUAAAUCUACAGAUGCGCCGUCGAGUGUUCUGGUCCGCCUAUGCCAUCGAUCGUUUACUAAGUUGGAUCUAUCAUGUUCCCUGUAGCCUCGCAGAUGAGAACAUUCAGGUGGAACCUUUUGCGAACCUGAAUGACGACGAAAUAAAAGCAUGGGAAUCAAGAAGCGAACAACAGAAAGAGCGCGAGUUAGCACCUCGCAUAACACAAGUAUCUUCAGCGCUGCAUCUGCUUCGCGGCAGAAGGAUUCAAUCGCGCAUCCUCGGGAUGAUGAUGCGCACAGAUUACGAACAACGCUUUGCAGCGCGCCAUGACUGGCGUCUACACAUGCUAGACGCACUUGACCAAUGGAAGAUGCAACUGCAGCCUCAUAGCGACCCGGCUUCCGAAGGAUAUACGAGCGAGGGCUGGGUGGGUAUGUUGUACAAUUACACUAUCCUUAUCCUAUAUCGCCCAACCAAGAAGGACUCGUGCCGAUUCGUUGCUGAGCAAUGUCUCAAAGCAUGUUCCAAUAUUCUUCAUACAUUUUGGACUUAUCUAAAAAGACGUCAAACAGCGCAGUUAUGGCCAGGGCUCUUGAGUCAGUUUGGAACAGGCAUCAUCCUGUUAUAUUGUCUCUGGGCCACACCCGUCUCAGAAAGAUCUGCCUUGUUUCAAUCUCAAGAAAUAGUCAAGGCAGUCAGGACAUGCACGGUGAUUUUAGCUGUUCUCUCGGAGCGUUGGGUACAAGCCGAACUACUACGGGAUGUCUUCGACAUUCUAGCUGACUCGAUUCCCACACAAUGCUCCUCUGAGUAUGACGGUGGAUCUCGACUUUCUGAGGAAGCCAGAGAGAUGAUCAAGUCUCGCCUGCCUAUGCUACAUGCCAUUGUGGUGAACAAAGACAUUUUGCGUAUGCUGACGGAGCUGAUCACAGAGGACUAUCCUUGGGAAGAUAAUGCAGCAACAACGGAAAUUUGCCAAUGGUCCUCCGAGGACAGCCAUGAGACAAGCAGCUGUACAUUGUGCUGGGAGAGCAGACCUGUGGACGGGGCUCUGGAGGGAUUUAGUCAGGAUCACCUGUUGUCUGCGGGUUUCUGGCCAUCGUUAUACGAGGAAACAGGUGAAUUGCAUAGUUUUUCGUCCGGGGAGUAUCCGGAUUUUCCGGGGUUGUUAGGAUCUAUGUGA